AUGGCUUGUGAUAAUAGACUUCAAUCAGAGCAUCACCAGGAACUGGCUUUUGCGGCCCGUUUAGCUGCACAACUUGCUGUACCACAGCUGAAGGAUGUCACAUUUCAAUCAAUCAUCUGCAACUUCAUAUGGAAUCUGACAGAGCAGAAUUUGGAAGUGAUACAGGCAGCAUUGAGCUACCCAUUCUCCAGACAGCAAAUCUAUCAAAUGUUAACUUCCAUUGCAACGUCAGCUGCCACAACUGCAACUGAUUUAAUACCAAAACUGUCUAAGAUAGUAGGCAUAACUCCAUCUGCAGUUGUGAACGUAAACAGGCCUUCACCUUCCUCAUCCACUGUGGAUAUUCACCAGGACACAUCAGAAAGACCAGUGAUCCUGAAGAUGGAACAACUUCCAUUUGUGUAUCCGCUUGAAUAUUUUUUUGGGAUAACGGUGGAUGGUCUCCUCAACAGCGCUGACUGCGAUUUCAGUGACUCUCUGGGUGAAGACAACUCACGUUCAUCUGAACUCGCUGGCAUUGUGGUGGAGGAAGUUCUUCAUCGGGUGAAUGUGGUGAUGCAUCACAAUGUGCUGAAGAUCAACGCAGCCUCAUCACCAUGUUUCGUUUACUUCUGUCCUGGCGAUUUCUGCACUGAUAUUGGGGAAUUACUGAUCAGUGGUGUCAUCAAAAAGCUGAGUGUUUUACAUUGCCACAUUUCCCGCGCAGCAGCCACGACAGCCAUCGGCACGGUUCUUGCGGCAAUUGAAGGCAAACUCCCAUGUGCUCUCAGCCCAAGUCAUUCGGUGGAGGUCACAAGCAAUGUAAUUGACUACAUUGUAGAGGAUGUCAUUCGUGCCUGGUCAAAUAAUCCCACUGCUGCAUGCAGAAUGUGGGAAACUGGGUCUGUUCCAGUUCUGUGGCCGACUUUUGAGCCAUCUGAAGGUGGAAUGUCACUCAUCCUCCUAGAGUCAGACCAUCCAUCAGGCAGUGACAGGCCAAAGACCACCUUAUUUGACUCACUGAUGACCGCCUUAUAUAUGUCAAAGUGCAACGGUCACUUCAGCUCGCAGGACAACAGUUACGCAGCUUCAGAACGUCUGAAUCAAAGGCUUGCACAUUUAAUGAACUGCAUCUUACAAUGCAAGACGAGCGUCUCAAAUGAGGUCAGAAUGGCAGCUAGAGAUUUUCUCCAUUAUUUUGUGGAGGAGCUUGUGCAGCGACUUUUUGUGUCCUCCACUUUCCCCCGUCCUGCGACGCUCCCUGAAAACACUCCAGUGAUGCCAUUCAUCAUCAAAGAAGAGGAUUUCGGUCUGACAGUGGUGGAUCAUCUGACUGAGCUGGUGGUCAGUCAAGUUUUCGACUUGCUGGCAAAGAAAUUUCCCUCGGCUGAAUCUGUCAAGAUUGAGCAUCACGACAUGUCAACACAGGAUGAUCUACCAGAACUGACUUUCAAAGAGAAGUUACAGAUGAUGAAAUCAAGCAUCCUUAAAAAGCUUAAGAAUCGUUUCAGAUUCAAGAAGGGCAGCAAGGAUAAGGAUGAUACUGAGGACACAACAGAGGAGAAUGAAGAUGAAAACACAACAGCUCCAGAACCCAAAAAGAAGUCAUUUUCAGGGUUCACAGUUUCCUUUUCAAUGAAAAUAAAGUAUCAUACCUGA